GGCUCGACGGCUACUCCCCCAACCUCCAACAAGUCCUAGAAACGACUUGCCCCCAAGACUAGAACCAUCCCCCGAGUUAUCUGUAAACAUGCCGUGGGUCGGUCUUCUUAAAUGCCGUCUGGUGCUUGUUGGGGAGCCUGGUUGUGACUUUCCCCGGCGCAAAUGGUUGGGAUCCACAUCCACGUCUUGAAUGAGGCUGUUUUGAGUGCUGCGUGUAUUGUUGUUUUGUUAGAUGUGCCACUGCCCUUUAAAGAAACUUCAGCUGGCAACCCUUGCAAGAACCCUGUGCCCAGCUCAUGGAGUACACCAGGAGUUGGAAAGACUACUCUAGGUAAAGAACUUGCAUCAAGAACAGGGCUGACAUAUGUUAAUGUGGGCGAUUUAGCACAAGAAGGACAGUUAUAUGAUGGCUAUGAUGAAGAAUAUGAGUGUCCUAUUUUGGAUGAAGACAGAGUAGUUGAUGAGUUAGAAAAUAAAAUGAAAGAAGGUGGAGUUAUUGUUGAUUACCAUGGCUGUGACUUCUUCCCUGAACGAUGGUUUCAUAUAGUUUUUGUGCUCCAAACAGAUAAUUCUAUAUUAUAUAAAAGACUUGAAAAGAGGGGAUACAAUGUAAAGAAACUACAGAACAAUAUUCAAUGUGAAAUUUUUCAAAUUCUUUAUGAAGAAGCCUUGGCCUCCUACAAGCAUGAAAUAGUACACCGGCUGCCCAGCAAUGUACCAGAAGAACUAGAGAGUAAUUUAGAUCAGAUAAUGAAAUGGAUUGAGGAGUGGAUAAAAGAUAAUAAUUGAACUUUGAGGGUGAAACAUGGACUUUGAAGGCUUUCCACAUGAUGGUUAAAGAUUAUUUUGAUGAGUUCUCCCUCCCCCUGCAAUAGAAAUUAAGACAACAUACACCAAAUUUUAUGGUCCAAGAUUGUAGAAGUUGAACAAGUGGACAAUAUAUAAGAUUGAGUUAUGUCUAAAUUAAUUUUUUUUCUCCAUGAGAAAACUGAAAACCCCCAAGUACAAUGAAUAAGUUUAUUAAGGACUUUUAAAGUUUAGGAAUAUUCACCAUUGUCAUUUAUUUUAGUUAACUGCUAAAGAAUAAGCAAAUUUGAGAAAAUAGAUGAAAAUCUUUAAUACUUGACACAAAAAAAGAAAAUGAAGGCUAGGAAGAACUGCUGACUUAUAAAUAAAUAAAAGAGUCUGAGGAUAAAGCUAUAAAUAUUACAUUAAGUUUUCUAUUGGUAAAUUGCUGUUUUCUUUAAUCUUAGAAGUUGGUUAUAAAUUUGGAUAGUCACAAAGUAAAUGGUGAGAUCUUUGAGAAAAUAGCAUUUUCAAGAGGUCACUGAACUUGUUUGCCUGUAAAAUCACUGCUGAUCUUAGCACUGAUAUUUGUCUCUGCAGAAGAGAAAGAUAAUCACAUUUUCCACAUAAAAGGGAAAUAGCAGUCUUUUCUGCACCCAUGGAAACUAAAUUUUAAUUUAUUGGUUGACUAAUUUCGGUCUUGCUAAGUUCCAUGAAAAUUCAUGUGAUAAUGCUUUGCUACCAUAUAGGUGGUGAUAAUUAUUAGAUAAAAAUUUUAAAUACAAUAAUUGUGUAUUUCAUGAAAAUGUGUUUAACAUUGAUAACUAGCACUUUUCUUACCCCUUUUAAAAAUAUAUUUCUGUGCCUUACUGAUGUAUUCUUGAACCAUAAAACAGGCCUUACUUAGCUUUAUUCCUUUGCCUAUGCUACUUUAUGUUCUUUUAUUGGUCAUUCUGAGAAACAGUCCUUUCAAAGAUCACUGGUUGUAAAUCUUACUACCUACAGCUUCAAUCAAAAGGUGAUGGGAAUCAGUGUUUUUGUGAAAGAAAGUCACAUUAAUUGUUGAUGACGUAUGACUGACUUGCCUUUAGGACAUCUUCAUUUGGACAUAUUAUUAGCUUCUUAAAUUCAAUUUGCCCAGAGAGCAAUAUAUUAACUUAGGAGAAAUCUGAAUUCAUAUCUUGACUGAUAUUUACCAAAUGUGUGACCUUGGGGAAGUUACAAACUCUGGUAUUUUAUAAAAAAAUGGUUGUUAUUAUUAUUUUCACAGAGUUAGUGUGAAGAAGAUGAUUUAUAAAUUUAAGUGACAUAGAAUUGUGGUUAUUUUCCCCAAAUUUUGCUCUUAUUUCUGACUUUACUUUUUGUGUGCCACAAUUUGUCCUCUUUUCUAUGUUUACUUGCAAAGUCUCAUCAGUGCUCCCUUUUUGACAUCUCUUGGAUCUCUUCCAUCUCUUUAUAUAGGUCAUUACUUUUUUCCCAGUCUAUCCUCCACAACUACUAAUUCUAUCUGAUUUGCCAUUGACAUUAUUCUAAAAUACAAGUAUCAUUAUAUAUUGCAUCCCUACUUAUAAAAUAACCAGAAGCUUGCUGCUUCUUUUAGGAUCAAAUUCUUUCUGACAAAUCCCCCUCAACCUGGUUACCACUUCACUUUCUGGCCUUAUACAUUAUAUCCUUCAUACAUUCUACAUCUGGCCUUCAUACAUUCUACAGUCCCCUUACUGACCUUUCUGUAAAAUGUGCCUUUUCCAUUGACUAUCCUUAUAUCCAGAAUGUAUUCCUUAACUCUGACUCUUAAUCUCUGGCUUUCUCCACAGCUCAACUCAAGCACUGCAUUCUCCCUGAAGCCUUUUCUCUUCUCAAGGUACUAUUGCCUUGCCCUUCCCACCCCUUCAAACAAUCUAUUUUUUAUAUGCUAUACAUAUACAUAUACAUAUAUGUUCUCUCCCUGGAAAGUGUGUAAACUUAGUAUUAUCUUCAACUUCCUCUCCCUCGUGUUUUUUUAAAUCUGUCUCAAGUUUCUCUUCUAUUCCCUUCACCUCUACAGCAGUCACCAAAGUCUCCAGUCCUCAUUAUAUCAUACAUGCUCAGGUUUCUCCAAGUUCUCACAAAAUAUGCCUUCACUUGACCCUUCUAUUCUUUCUGCUACUUUCCCAGCCUUCUUGCUAUCAAUGACAGACAAAUGCUUCUGCUACAUCACUAUCUAGUUUUUUCUUGGAAUUUUGUCCUAAUGUCUUUGAAACUGCCUUCUCAAACAUCAUCAGCAACUAGCAUGUCCAUCUGUUGGAGCAAUGUGUUCCUCAUAUGGCUUUAGAGACAUGUUCCAUCUAUAGUGGUUGGCCAUAAUAGGUCCUUGGUCUCUACCUUCCCCCCCCCCCCCAAGUACUUAAAAUGGUUAUUCCCCAAGAUUUGGUCUAUGGUUUUCUCCCCAUAUACUUCCUUGAUAAUGUCAUUUUCAGUUCUUGGAAUAUUACUCCAAGUCUGUAUUGCCAUCCUUCAGCUGCCUAUGAGAUAUCUCCAUUUGGAUAUUCCAUCAGCAAUUCAAACUCAAUAUGUCCAAGACCCCCCCCCCCCCCCUCCCCGAUAUAACAGAAUGAUUUCUGUGAUAACUUUAUUCACUUAAUAUCUUAUGUUCAAAGCUUUGCCCUUAAAAGUAGAAUGUAAUCUCCUGGAGGGGAGAGGCUGUUUUUUAUUCAUAGGAUGGUGUUUUGCACAGGAUGAUAGAGUUAAAAGGUGAACAAAACCUUAAAACACAUCUAGUCCUAGCCCUUAUUGUAGAGAUGAGCAAACUGGUAUCCAGGAGGUGAAAUUAUUUGUUCUAAGUUCUAAGUUAAGAUAUAAGUGGUAGAGACGUGAAGGAAAAGAUAAAAAAAUCAACUUUCAUAAAUGUCAUCAGAAUUUCCCUAUGCUAGUUAAAAACUGUUAGGUUUCCCUCUUACUGUUCUUUGAAACAUUAUUUUCUGUAAUGCUUAAAUAGAGCAGUGUGACCUUUUGGGAUUUGCCAGGGUUGAAUAUAAUUACUCAAACACGCAAAAGUUUCCCACCCUAAUCUGAAACAAUGGAAACAUUUCCUUCCAGUGGGCUUCAGAAUCUUUAACAAAAUAGCCUUAUGUGUAAAAGCAACAAUACUAUUAAGAAUAUGAAAAAGACUAGCAGUACCUAAAUGUGAUAAUUUUAAAAUUUCUACAGUUGUAUGGCCAACUCCUAAAUAGAAUUUCUAGGCAGCCCUGAAAAAUAUUUAGAAAGUUAUGACUUACACUGAGAAUUCUGUAUUCAUAGUGACCAAAGUUUGCCAAAUCUUCCUUGCCUCACAUCUAAUCAGCUCCCCAGACACUACCUUCCAUAUGUUUAUUCCUUCCCUCUUUGUUCCCAUUAUCAGUAAAUUAGUACAAUCUCAUUAUCAUUGGAUUCUAAUUACUGGAAUAGUCCUGUUUUCUUGGAUUGAUCUUUAUAACUGCUGCCAGAAUACUCUUUUUUUUUUUUUUUCAUAACUAAAGUUAGUUGUAUCACUAUUCCAAAAUAAGUGGCACCAGUUGCCUCUUGACAAUUAAAAUAUGAUGAAUAUUUCUUAAGCACCUACUACUUUAUAACUCUCUUUGUAUUAUAUUGCCUUGCUACAUCUAAGCACUCUGGUUUCUGCCUUGAUGUCCUGAUUGCUAUUAAUGUCUAAUACAGGUCCAGCACCCUACCUUCUGGCCAUCUGCAUGCUGAGCCUGGUAGCCACUUUACCUCUCUCUAGUCAAAUCAAUGCCCUCAUUCCUAAAAAGGAUAUGUUAAUUGUCCUUAAAUUGCCACCACUCCCUUUAUUGUGUUAUCCUUCCCUAUAUAAGAAUGUAAGCAGGUACUAUCUUAUUACAUCCCCAGUACUUAGCAUAAUACCUGGGAUAGAGCACACAUGAUUAAUACAUGCUUUUUUACUCAUUACAUUUUGGGCAAGAAGGUAGUGUCCCAUGGAUAAAGAGCCAGUACCUCGUGGAAGACAUGUUUAAAUUCUGUUUCUGGCACUUCUUAACUGUGGCUCAGUCAUUUAACCUCUCAGUUUCUCUUGCAACUUUUAAGCCUUAAGUUUUCAGUUGAGGGGAGUUUCCAUAUCAAUAGUCCGCUGUACCUAUUAAAGUGAAAGGAUUGAUCCAAAACAAAAAUAAUCAAGAAACUGAAAUGCUGGAAAUACAAAAACAGCAUUUGUUUGCCCAAAGCUCACAUUCUUACUGGGUGUUACAACUCCUUUGUACAGCCAUCAAGGUCUUUCAUUUUCAGUACUUCUCUAGCUUUACCUUAUUCUCUAUAAAUGGAAACCUCCUAGAUCCUACAAGCUGCCUUUUAUGGUGCUAUUUGCUAUGCUGCAAACAUUUCCCUCUUCUCCACUGAAUUUCUGCCACUCUGUAAAUGCCCACUUAACACCUCCAUGACAACAACCUCUCACCUUCUUCUUCAAAACAGCAGCACAGGAUCAGAAUUUCAGAGUUGGUUAGGUAUUCAUCUGCUAUCUAACUGAACCAAUAUG